ACUUGUGUUGACUGCAUGCAAAAUGCAGUGGUGUCAGUUGGGAGAAUUUUGAUUACACAGAACUUUGAAAAGUUAAGAGCUAGCAGAUCUGUCACUAGGAGGCUAUGUUUACAUAUCAAAUUCUGACAAAUAAACCAUGUAGCUAUAAAAGGAGCAUCCUCUGCAACGUGUAAUAAGGAAACUCGGGUUGAGGGUGCAAGACAUGGUUUUAAGGAGCUGAAAGGGUAAAGCUAGCUGCAUCUGAAGGGGAGGUUUCUGCACCUUCAGAGCUUAGAAACAGACAACCGCCCAGGUGGGGAUUCCCAGAACGGGCAGGACACCCGGAGGAAGGAGAGCUCAGCUCCGAGUCAAUGCAGCAGCAGAGCCGGCAGCCUGACCUCGUGGAAGGAAGCCUUCCCGUGUUUGUGUUCCCCACUGAGCUGUUCUUCUAUGCUGAUGAGCAAGCCUCCCACAAGCAGGUGCUCACCCUCUACAACCCUUACGAAUUUGCCCUUAAGUUCAAAGUACUGUGCACAGCGCCAAACAAAUAUGCGGUGGUGGAUGCCACAGGGGCCGUCAAACCACAAUGCUGCGUUGACAUCGUGAUCCGACACAGAGACGUGCGUGCCUGCCACUAUGGGGUGAUCGACAAGUUCCGGCUGCAGGUGUCGGAGCAGAGCCAGAGGAAGGCUCUUGGCAAAAAGGAGGUGAUGGCCACGCUGCUGCCCUCCUCGGCGCAGGAGGCCCCAAACCCCCGGCCGCAGGAGGAGGAGCGGCGCAUGAAGGAGCAACUGGCUGACAGCGUGUUCUUUGAGCAGACUGCAUUCCAGACAGGUAACCCAGUGGCUGGGUUGUGGAGACUUAGAGGCACGGCAACUAACUACAGAGCAGCUCGAGAGACCGAGAGCCGUGCUGUAUCGGGCGGCCCAAGCCUCCUGACAGUGCUGCUGGGGCUGGUGUGUAUGGCCGCCCUCAUGCUGCCCACACUGGGCGAGCAGGAAUCCACAGUGCCUGUCUACCUCCACUUAAGUGUUAACAAGAAACUUGUAGCUGCUUACGUUCUAGGUCUUCUUACAAUGGUCAUCCUGCGGACAUGAAGCAAUGCAAAAAUGUGACCCUCAAUCAAGAGAGGUGUAAAGAAGAACUGAAUGGGGAAAAUGUGUGUGAGAGUGUGUCCACACUCACUCACACACACACACACACACACACACACAUACAUACAGAGAAUGCGGGCAAAAACGGGGUGCAGGGGACAAUGAGGGACUCCCCUCCGCCAUUUUAACUGCUUACAAAUACAUAAACGACAAACACCAACUCAUACUGUACAAACCACAAACGCUGAGGCCGUGGGAGGGAACUUCUUCGUGUGGGUGUGUGUUGUCCAGACACAAGUACUGACUGAGCCUGGAGUACAGGCCUGGCCAAGGGGUUGGGCACUGGUGCUUUGUGUGUAAUCAUGAGAGGGCGGGCGAUGGGAUGGGAUACAUUAAAUUAAACAUGUUUGUUUUACUCCAUAUUCUUGUGUGUUUUGUGUAGUUUAAUAGGCCUUGCAUAAUCUUGGACAACUGUGCCAGGUGAGAUGCCCUAGUAGUCACUCACCGGGCCAGACGCUUGUACUUGGCCCUAUUUACACAGGCCAUGCUUUGCACUCUUUACUCAAUCACUUGUCACUUGCUACAUCUGUAUUUAAGAAGAAAACAACUAAAUAGUUCUUCCAUACAAAUAAAGUAAAGCUUUCUAAAA